UGCUCCCUCGCCACUGGACAAUUUACAUUGCAACGACUUACAUGACUCUUUUCUUUCUCCCAAGUAUCAUGUACUGCAGGGAGAAAUGUCACAUCCAGGGAUAGCUAAUAUUGUCCCAGAAUUGUCGGAUCUUGAACUUGCUGUUUUUGUCUGUCUUGCUUCUCAGGAGCACUGCCUUAUCGAGACACAGCAUGAUGGUGUUGAUGAUCUCGCCAAGGAACUGGCGUUGAUAUCAUCAAGCACUUUUGGCCUCUCUUAUGCCCUAUUGGACUGUUCUUCGGACAUGUCUCUUGAUGACUUCAGCGGCGGAAUCUUGGCCUCUGCUACCGACAGGUCUGAACAUCACCCAUCAACGUAUGCAAAGUCCAGUGACUACUACCCUUCAUUCCGGAGCGUUCACGACACCCGAUCAGCGAGAACCACUAUUGGAGAUAAUUAUCUCGAUGAAAGAAAGACGGCCAAUGUUGUGAUUGCCAAAAACUUCAAUGAUGCCAGUGUGCAAGUGCAAAUUCAGGCUCUUGAGUUGCUACGUUCAGGGCGGAUAUUCACCAGGAACGCUGUACACAGCACUCCAGCAGCCUUUAUCUUUAUCCCUGUGGUAUCUUCUAGCAACGAGAAAUCUCGACCAAAACCCCUGAACAAGCAUCUAAAUGACCACAUUUUUAUCUCUCAUUUUCACGAUCCCCAGGAUGGCUAUCCUAAUCUUGAAGGGGAUGACUCGAUAUCUGAUAAUCAAGCGUCGAUAUCUUCUGUAGUGCGAAAGCCAAAUUUCAUACCCUCCAAAAGGGCUAUAAAUGGCCAUGCCAUCACACGCGAGGCUAUUGCGGAGAUCCGACACAUGUGCAACAGUGUAACUGUUUCUGCAGAGGUAGCACGCUAUCUUCAAGACAUUGUUGUAUUUCUCCGUCUGAAUCGAGCUGUUCUGGGCGGGAUAUCUGCCAAGGCAACAAACCACUUAUUACGUCUGUCAAAAUGUCUGGCGUCAUUGCAUGGUCUUGACUAUGUUACUCCAUCAAUCGUCGCAUUGGCGGCCAAGAAAGUUUACCGUCACCGUAUAACUGUCGUUUCUCCAGAGCAGGACCGGAGUUUACUAUACGGGAGCGACGAGGCUGCUGUGUCGAAGCUCCUAAAGGGAGUCACUCCUGAUAUUAUAAUUGAGAACGUGUUAGGGGAUAUUGAAGCCCCUCUUUGAAAAGCAGUUAUGUAUAUACCCACAUUGCAAUUUUACUAGCCCUGGACAGUUUUUAAGGGCGUAUAUUAUCAUGAGGCGUUUUCAUUACGACUUCAACAUACCUAGAUGUUACUACGAAAUGUUGAAAGUUUUCGUCAAUCUUGCACUUGCGCCC